UUAUCCGAUGGUAUAAAUGUAGUUGCACAAGGUAUUCUUCGUGGGCAAGGCCGCCAAAAUAUUGGUGCCUUAGUUUACGCCCCUGGAUAUUUUAUUCUAGGAUUACCCAUUGGUCUACUCACAGCUUUUAAAUUAGGAUAUGGAUUACAAGGUCUUUGGUUUGGAAGUACA